AGAUUUGGAUUAAAACAGCUUGGGAGAGCUGACAGAGAGAGAGAGAGGGAGGGAGAGAGGCUGCUUCUUAUUUUUCCUCCAUCUAGAGAAGGUUUGUUCCAGCAGCGCGCGACCAAAGCUCGUUUCUGCGGCGACGCCAGGAGCAUCGGUCCAAGGAGGAGGAAGAGGAGGAGGAAUAAAUCAACAGCUUCGCUUCGUGGCUCCGAGCAGCUUCUGCUGGACAUGAAAGUGCAGCAAGGCAGCAACUCAUCGGACAUGGGGAUCCCGGUGAAAACCGAAGAGGAGCUGCGCAGGAACACCGUCAUUACACCUGAGGACGUGCUCGGGCUGCAGAAGAUCACCGAGCAUUACCUUUGUUCACCAGAAGAGAAUGUUCACACGAUCGACUUCACCCGGUUUAAAAUCCGUGACAUGGAGACGGGGACAGUCCUUUUUGAGAUCACCAAACCUCCAACACCAGGAGGUUUAAAGCAGUGUGACCCCAACGCAGGGCGUUUCGUCCGAUACCAGUUCACCCCGGCCUUCCUGCAGCUGCGGCAGGUCGGAGCCACAGUGGAGUUCACAGUAGGAGACGCCCCCAUCAACAACUUCCGCAUGAUUGAGAGACACUACUUCCGCGACCGGCUGCUGAAGAGCUUCGAUUUCGAGUUUGGCUUCUGCAUGCCCAGCAGCAAGAACACGUGCGAGCACAUUUAUGAGUUCCCUACGCUGUCCGAGGAAAUCAUGCGUGAGAUGAUCCAGCAUCCUUAUGAGACGCAAUCUGACAGCUUCUACUUUGUGGACAACAAGCUGGUGAUGCACAACAAAGCAGAUUAUUCCUACUGUGGGGGGCCGUAGGAAGACCUCUGAGGACAUUUUCAUAGCACCAAAAACAUGAACUGAUGAACUAAUCACUGGCAAUAACUCUCCUCUCACUCCUCUCACAUCCACACAUUUUCAUUCAGGCACUCUGCUGCCUGGCCAAUCAGAUUCGUCCAUUUGCUUCGUUAUUUUUUCUCUUCUUUGCAGGAACAGUAAAUUCUGCCAGUUUCAUCAUCAGUUUGAUCACGGGGGAGCAUGUGUGGGACGCAAACACAUGCAGCGUCUGUACAUAAUGUUGAGUACCACUUGAUCAUCAGGGGAGAGUUGUUCGUUUUAUUAGUUUAACAUGAAGAAAAGCAGGAGUUGCAAGGUUUAAGCACACUGUGGAAAACUUAAUGUUUUUUUUUUUUUAAAUAUGCAGAUC